UUAUUGUUUUUGAACGCACCUGAUGCAUAAUGGAUGGAUACUAACUUAAACUGAAUCCGUCUCUCCGCCAUUUUAUCUACGUAAAAACGAGCCCCGGCCCCGAGAGCACAUCAGCUACAGAGAUUAUCGCGACAGUCGUGAGGGUCGUGAGCAACGUGAACAAUGGCAGGCAGGCUGUUUGCAAGUCGCUUGCGACCUGUUAUUCAGAUCCAAAGAUGUAAUCUAAUGACAGUGGAUAGAAUCGGUAAUAGGGAUGUGGUUGGCUAUGGAUACAAUGGCGAGCUUUCCUACUUAGACAGAGUAGAUUUCCCCUGCCCUUCGAUUCGCUGGAAGGAAAAUACUCCUGACAUCAUGGCGCUGAGAGAGAAAGAGAAGGGUGACUGGAAAAAGUUGUCGAUUGAAGAGAAGAAAGCUCUAUACCGUGCCAGCUUUCGCCAGACAUUUAGUGAAAUGGAUGCACCGACAGGGGAAUGGAAGGGCAUCAUUGGUAUGACUUUGCUGGUAAUAAGCAGUGGGAUAUGGCUCUAUCUGUAUUUUAAGACAUUUGCUUAUCCACCCUUGCCUGAAACAUUCUCACUAGAGAGACGAUUGGCACAGUUAGACCGUAUGAAGAAGCUCGACAUGAAUCCGAUCGACGGACUCUGUGCGCGAAAGUAAAUUAAAUUUACCUCUGUUACUAGAUUACUUAGUUAUCAUGUACAUUAUCUCGGUCUCUGGGCACUUGUAUAUGUACAAGUGGCGAAAUUUUAAUAAAUGCCACGUGCAGUUACAUUAGAUCGCAGAUCGAUAUAUUAAAA